UAUAUUUAAUUAACACCGACCGUCAGAUCGAGCCAGCAAAAUCGAGCUGAAGAUUUAGUUUCAAGUGCUAAUUACAUUAGUUCCUGUCUCAGCCUUCGCUGUUGCAAUCCUAUAAAAGCCACCUGAGAUGUGCAAUCUGACAGUUAUCCCGACCACCUCUAAGUAACCACUAACCAAGAUGAAGUCCAUCCUCGUUUUCGCCUGCCUUUCGAUUGCCCUGUGCCUGGCCGCUCCUGCCCCGGAUGCAGAGAUCGUCAACCAGGAAUCGGAUGUGAAUGCCGAUAGUUAUAGCUUCAAGUUCGAGACGAGCGACGGUACCAAGCAGGAGCAGCAUGGCUCUCUCAAGAACCUGGGUCCCGAGGAGGAUGCCCUGCAGGUGGCCGGGUCAUACAGCUACACGGGGGACGACGGAAAGACCUACACUAUCACCUACGUGGCCGAUGAGAACGGAUUCCAGCCCCAGGGAGAGCACAUUCCUCGCCCAUAAAUAUGGCUAGCCCUAGGUUCUUAAA